UAUUCUUCCAGACCCAGAUAAGUCAUCAAAACUACGAACCCAACACACUAUGCUGUCAACCACACAUCCUUCAGAAAGAAAAGCAAAGAAAAUCGUUUUUAGUUGUAUCAAUUUUUCAUCCUUUUCCUCUCACGUUUCCCAUCUUUUGCUAUUUCUUUUUUUUCACCCAUCAUUAGGGGUGUAUCUUUGGAACCGGUUCCAGACCUCGGCCGGUUCCACGGUUCCGGUCCCAAACCGGUUCCAGACCUUUGUCGGUUUCACGGUUCUGGUUCCAUACCGGUUCCAGACCUCGCCCGGUUUCACGGUUCCGGUUCCAGACCUCGGCCGGUUCCACGGUUCCGGUUCCAGACCUUAG